AAUCCCUUGUGGUGGGAAUUUGGAAAUUGUUUUAUUUGUGCGUGUAAAAUAUACUUCGAGAUUUUCUUAUAUGUAAUGAAUUUUUGUGUGUGGAGACUAUGAGCAGGAAAUAUUCCUUGAGAAAUAGACCAAGGGUUCUCUUUUCUACAAAGGAUGAAAAAGAACUUCGACCGAAUGUUUCGACAGCCAACCCGCUUACAGGAGCAAGCAUUUUCUCAUUUUCCGACACUUGCAGCCAGUCUACCGGCAGAGUCACAAAAAACCGCCACUGUUCAUCUGUGUCCGAGGCCACAACUACAAGAUCAAGCACCCCCAAAAGAACCUUUACAAGUAAUACACAAGACAUGGGGUUCAUGACGCAGCCCCCAACACCAAGCAAAUGGAGCCUGCUAAUGCCAGACUUCUCUCAGAUGGAUGGCAUCAGAUGUGAUGUUAUGUGGGAUUGUUCAAGUCCAGAUGCAGUCAAACACUUACGAAAAAUGCAGAAGAAUGGUAGCAACCCUGUGAAGGAGAUUGUGAGGCAUGUUAAAGACAAUCAGCAAUCUGCAAAGGCACCUCCCACACCACCACUUCUCAGCAUGAUACUGGAGUCAAGAAGUCUGCACAUCCAGAAACAACCCCAACAACAUAACCACAUUUCAAGACAAGAGAGAAUGGAGCGCAGGCGUGUGAGCAAAGCAGAGCAAGUACGACAGGAUGCACCAGUUCUUCUGGGAAAGAUUUUAUCAGCAGUUGAGAAAAAACAAUGUUUUGAAGGUGUUCUUCAACAAGUUCACAAAUGUGCUGGUAUUUCUGUAGAGCCAAGUAAUGAAUGUGGACUACAUUCAGUCAUUAAUUCCACAGAUGGUGAAGGAAAAAAUGAUGUAGAAGAUACAUGGGAUGAUGAUUCACUUUUUGAAGAAGACUCUUUUAUCAUUCAAGCUACACAAAAUUCUGAACUCCUUAUCAAUAAACUUGCUCAUUCCACUUCAGCACAUGGCAAACAGACUGCAAUCAUUGCCAAAGAAACCCAACUUUUGAGCCAGACACUUGAGCUUUAUUGUGGCACAAGUGAUGCUGACAAAAUUAUUACAACUUCUCCCUCCUUGACUGAGACAAAAACAGAACACUUCACUGUUUCUGGUACCAGCUAUGAAGAAAAUGUGAACAUUGGUGCUGAGAAGACUGUAACAGAAAAGACCAUCUCUGCACCUAGAAUCAGUCAUAGUGAUUUUCAGAUUUUAUGUGGGGCCUCAUCAGGGGAUCUUGCUGAGUCUCCCAAAUCCAGGUUUGCAGCAAAAACUAAAUGUCUUGGAAAACUUGGGCAAAGAGUGGACUACAAGCUGGACCUGAGCCAGCAGGUGAUGGGGACACAUAUUCAUGCACAGAUGCUGGACUUUGAUCCUUCAGUUUCUUGUGUUGCACAACUCUUCAGCCACGGUAUUGGGCCUGGCACACAGGUGCCGCAGGCUAAUAGUAGGAAAGAUGUUGCCUCUGUGCAGCAAGACUGCAUAAAGGCAUAUCCUUGUGUGGCAAAUCACUCUGAAAGUGCCACACAGGGCUUCAGGAACCCAAUUGGAAUGACAAACAAAUUUUAUACAGCAGAGAACAUCAGGUCAACUCUUCAUGGGAAACAGGUUUCUGGACACAAUUCCAAUGAUAAACUCCAGUGCUGUCAGAUGGAAGCAGAGUCCACAAGUGGAUAUUCUCCAUGGAAUAACAGCAGCAGUAAAUGCCCUUUAGAUGCAGAUAAAAAUUCUGUAAGAAAAUGCAGCAACCAAAACCUCCCAGAAAACGUGCUGCAGCAGAUCAUAAAAAUAGAUGAUGUGCUUGAUUCACAAGUCAUUGAAGAAUAUCCUACGCCACUGCUCACUUGGCCACUGAUGCCAGAAACCUUGGCCAGACCUACAGCUCCAGCUGCUGACUAUGAUGUUGAUGAGUUUGAUGAUUCUUAUUGUGAGGGUCUAGAAUCCAUCAGUCAGUUUGAGUCCUUUGAAGGUUUGUCUCAGAAAGGUAGACGAGUUGAAAACAAUAAACAAUAUGUUGUACAUAUUCCUGAAGACAGUAUAGAGGAUGAUUUUACAGAAAUAGAGAAUUCAGCUGUACUACCCAGUGGACCUUGUGGUCAAAAUGAUUGUAAGCAGCCAAAACUUUGUCUCGGACACACUCAUAAAGGUGUGUGUUCAGCAUCUCAGGUCAAGCAUGGAAGCAAAAGAUCCUCCUUGGUUUUCAAAGGAGAUAUUGCCUUUAAAGGAAGCAUGAGUGAACUCCAUAAUAGUGCAUUGUACAAGCAAAAUUCUAAGCCCUUUAGAGACUGCAUACAGAUAACUAAUGGGGAUGAAGAAAGUGAUAAUGCUCUGAGAAAGACUGGUAAUUUUCAGCAAAACUGGCAUGAAAGUGGCCCACGAGGAGGACCUCUCACCACUUUGGUGAAGGGCAAUGCAAUGCUAGAAGUAGAUGCAGUGGCAGGAAGAAUGACUGUUCUGAAACCUGUCAAUAUUGUGCAAAGCACUAGUUUACUGGCUGGAAAGCCUGUGGCCAUUACAAAUAGGUUAGCUUUGCAUACAGAGGCACCUGUAAGAGAAUACACAAGCUGUAAUGAUGACAUGAUGGAGUUUGCAGAUGAAGCCCUCUUUGAAUCACAGAUACUGGCUCUACUGGAUGAAGUGGAAUCUCAAGCGAACCAGCAAAAUGGUUUACCGGGCAGCCUGCAAAGUCAGUCACAAGAAAAUGGUCAGGCAUCUUUCUCCAGCAGGAAGUGUUCACAGGAGGAGAUAGAGAAAAAACGACAGGCUGCUCUUAUGAGAAAGAAAUGGUCUAACGCAAGGCCUGCUGCCCAACAGUAAUGUUGAUGUUGACAUGUGCAAAGACCAUACAAAUGAAAACAAACUUCUAUUAUUGCUGUUUGUCACUUAACGCUACUUAAUUACUACAGUCUGUUGUUUGUAAGUAAAUGAAGAACUUUCACUCAUAAAACCACCUUCCUUUUUUCAUAAAAAACUUAAUGGCACAUAAUUUCAAUUAUUUAUAAUAUCAUUUUUAUUGCCAAAUAGCAUGAAAAUCAUGUUUGCAAAUAUUUCUAAAAUUACAGAAUUUAAGCAGCCUCUGGAUUAUGAAAUCAAUUGUAUUUAAAAAUGUUGAGUAUUUGCUGUUUUGUACAUUGAGACAAACUAUGACUAUGUUGAGCUUGCAUAAAUGUUGUAUUAAUACAUACCUCCCCACGCAUGUAUGCGUGCACACACACACUAAUAUGCACAUACAAAAGGAAGAAAAUUAAAUGUAAAGGCCAAUGCUUAAACAUGAAUUUACAGUAGGCUAAUCCAUUAUGUGGUUUGAAAUUUUAAAAUGUUGCCCCCCCUUUUCUGGACUUUGGGUGGAGGGCGGACAGCAGAGUGGCAAACCCUUCAGUGAGUCUUAUUUUGCAGUCCUUGAUCAGAAUAUGUCUGAAAGCUUUAAGUUGUUUAUAAAUUCUUAGAAAAAAUUGUAUUCACCAAAAAAAUGGGUUUAUACUUUAUAGAGAAUAUUAAAAUAAAGAAAUUCAGGCAUUAAUUAUUAAUGAUGUCACAGAGAAAAUUAUUUAUAUAGCCAAAUUUCUAAUUUUUUAAGGUUAGAAUACAUUCAUUCUUUUUUUCAUAUUUGUACAAUGCAGUUUGGUUGAAAACAUUUUACAGAAGCUUUGAAGGCCUUAUUGUAUAUUGCUCUUCAAUAAAUUUUCAAGCAAAAUACUGAAGAAUAGCAUGUUUCCCUAGUGCAUGUUUUUCCAAGAAAUGACUUUGUUUCAAGAAUAAUUUUGAGACUAAAUAAUCUACUAAAACUCUAUAUAUGAUGAUUUUUUCAACAUCUGUUUCAUUAAAAAAAAAAAUCCAUCAUCUGACAUGAGCUUGCUUAGCUUUCUCUUUGGGGUUGGGAUCCUAAAAUGUUUCACAAAUAUAAGGAAAUGCCUAUGAUAAAAUGGUGCAAAGCUUUCAUAUGAAAAUAAUGGUAAGUCAUGUUAGCUAAUGUAGGUGCUUGAAAGUUUUUUCAUGUUUUCUCAUAUUUUCAUAUUUCAAGGAAGAUUGAUGGAGUGGAGUACCUAAAUAUUGAAAUAAAAUUUCUGAUGAAUAUG